AUGAUAUUCUUGCUGACGCUCGCGUAUACGAUCUUUACCGUUGCCAUGUAUACCGUCUGGUGGCACAAACCCCUUGACGUCCAAUGUCCUGUCCGUAUUCCGUACUGCUUUGAUCCAUACCCUCACUCAGAGGACAGGCCAGGAAAGUGGGCCACAGAAGUGUGGUUCAUUCGACUUUUGGUCUUCGUGAUGGGCAUACAGGACGAUGAGAGGAAUAUGCGCCAAGAUAAGCAUGCUUUGACCUUUUAUUCUGGAGAUUGGGAGGACAGAAAAGAAGUCGGCUACAUGAGGCUCAGCGCGUGGGGCUUGGUGAUGCUGGUCACGAUGGUGUUCGGAGGGAUGCACUGUAUUGCGUGGUCGUAUGCGUUUCCGUCCCACUUGGAGAUGCUCAUCUGGCGGAUGUCUGCGCUGUCUAUAACAGCCAGUGUGGCGCUGCUGGUCGAGAUCGCGGCGUCCGUUGCAUCGAUCGAGGGGGGCUUGGUUCUAGUGCGUAUGAUGCCAGGCCUCGUUCUUUUGUCUGCAUUCGUCGUGCUGCUUUGGAGCAUCCUGUUGUACGGCAUGGCGCGCGUCCUUUUGCUCGUUCUCUCGUUCGCACCACCAAGGGCUCUCCCUGCGGGAGCGUACCGGAACGUCCAGUGGACUUCUUUUAUUCCACAUAUCUAG